GAUAGAUAGAUAGAUAGAUAGAUAGAUAGAUAGAUAGAUAGAUAGAUAGAUAGAUAGAUAGAUAGAUAGAUAGAUAGAUAGAUAGAUAGAUAGAUAGAUAGAUAGAUAGAUAGAUAGAUAGAUAGAUAGAUAGAUAGAUAGAUAGAUAGAUAGAUAGAUAGAUAGAUAGAUAGAUAGAGAAAGAAGGGGACUCAGACACUCAGACAGAUAUGACCAAGACAGCAGCUCUAGCAACCAUGGACUUCUGCAAUAUGUGGGUAGAAGAAAUCAGGAUGUCAAAGCCAGUUGAGGUUGAGAACACAGGGGCUGACUCUCCAAUGGAGAGCACAGACUCAGAGAGGAAUGGUCCUGACUCAAAUCAUCAGCUUCAGCAGAUGAAAAUCAGUCCCUUUCACCUUUCUCCAACCCUCAGCAGCAACAAGAAUAAGAUGGAAGAAUGUGGUGAGAUGUCCCCGGGCCCUCCUCCCCACCACAGCCACGCCCCCUCACAGACGCCCCUCCCACACACACAGCUCAUGCUGACUGGCUCCCAACUGGCAGGGUUGACGGCUCUCUUGCCGGCUCAGCAGCAGUUGUUACUGCAGCAGGCUCAGGCUCAGCUUCUAGCUGCAGCUGUGCAGCAGUCUGUUCAGCAGUCCAACGCAGCUCACGCAGCUCACGCAGCUCAUGCAGCCCACGCAGCCGCCCAAGCCAAUCAGCAAGCUCAGGCAGCCGCAGCAGCCAAUCAACAUGCCCAGCAACAGCAGGCGGGACAGACAGGGCAGCAGGGCCAAUCACAGCCCCAGGGACAGGGACAGAGCACACAGGAACAGACAGGUCAACCUGUCCCUGUCCCGCCCACUCAUCCCCAGCUCACCCUCUCUCAGCCAAUUCAGCUCACCGCCCAGGACAUCCAGCAGUUGUUGCAGCUGCAGCAGUUGGUUCUGGUACCAGGACACCACCUGCAGUCUCCUCAGUUCCUCCUCCAACAGCACCAAGGGCAGCAAGGACUGCUAUCAACACCAAAUCUGAUUCAGCUACCUCAACAAAACCAAGGGAGCCUCCUGUCCGCUCCCACCAGGCUGGGGCUCCAAGCACAGAGAGACAAGACUAUGGAGGGCAGUGGGGUCAUGACCUCUGUGUCCUCUGUGACCUCUCACCCCGAGGAGCCCAGUGACCUGGAGGAACUGGAGGUGUUCGCCCGCACCUUCAAACAGAGACGCAUCAAACUGGGCUUUACACAGGGUGACGUGGGAAUGGCCAUGGGGAAGCUAUAUGGGAAUGAUUUCAGCCAGACCACCAUCUCUCGCUUCGAGGCCCUCAACCUGAGCUUUAAGAACAUGUGUAAACUCAAACCACUACUGGAGAAGUGGCUCAAUGAUGCAGAGACCAUGUCCACAGACAGUACUAUGCCCAGCCCCAGCUCUCUGUCCUCUUCCUCAAUGGGCUUUGAGGGCCUGCCGGGCCGACGCAGGAAGAAAAGAACCAGCAUCGAGACUAACGUCCGCGUGGCCCUGGAGAGAGCCUUCAUCACGCAGAACCAGAAGCCUACCUCAGAGGAGAUCCUGUGUAUCGCGGACCAGCUCAGCAUGGAGAAGGAGGUGAUCCGCGUGUGGUUCUGCAACCGCCGCCAGAAAGAGAAGCGUAUCAACCCCAACAGUGCCACCCCUCCCUUGCCCAGCCAGCUCCCCCAAGCCCCACCGAUACACAAACCCCCUUGCUACAGCCCACACAUGAUGUCCAGUCAGCUGUCCAGUCAGCUGUCCCAGGCAGUGACCAGCCUCAGUACCACAUUGACCACCAUGUCAUCAUUCUCCCCUCUGACCCCCAGUGGUCCCACCCACUCAUCUCUCAGCUCCGCCUCCUCUCCAGUGACUCCUCCUCCUCCUCGCAGCACAGCCAGCCCAGCCCCUCCCAGCCACAGCACACUGAGUCUCAACACAGGCUUAUGGCGUAUGGGUAAAAAGAAUGGUGACGUGUCUAACUACAUCACCGAUUUUGCUGCAAACUUGAGGAACACUGUGAUGGGAGUAAACACAGGGAACCAGGCUCUGAACCAAGCUCUCCUCAGCAACAACCCUCUGGCUACUAUACAAGCCCUAGCAGCCAGUGGUGGCCAGCUGCCCCUUUCCAGUCUUGAGGGGGGCAGUAAGGUGUUGCUGGGUGGUGCAGGGGGGCAGGGAGGGGGUCUCCAGUCCUCCUUCUUCCUCAACCACCCAGCUUUCCUCCACAUGGGCCAAAAUCCUGGUGCUGGAUUGAUCAGCGCUGCCGUAGCCAAAGCAUCCCAGCCCUCCCCUUUCCCCUCCACCAGUAGCAUAAGCCCCACCCCCUGCUCCCCCUCCCCUUGCUCCAGCCCCGCCUCUUCCUGCGACUUCAAUGAAUUGGCACACAGCCCAUCCUCGUUGGGAGGGGCUAAGAUUGAGUGACACAGCCAAGCGCCAAUCAGAGAGGAGGAGGAGAAAGGAGGAAACGACAACCUCGCCUUUCAACCAAAGCUAUCUCUUUUAUCACUCUCUCUCUCUCUCUCUCCCCCCGUCUUUCAAUGCCAAAAAUACACAGAAUGAAAGAGAGGAGAGGGGGGGAGUCAGAAGUGAAAAGGGGAGAAGGGGGGAAAGAGGAAGAUUGAAACCAAAAAUCUUUAUCUAUCCAAAGUGAUGGAGGAGGCAUCGUGGGACUGUUUAGUCAAUACUGAGUGAUAUCGCACUUCUCCUUUCUGUCUCUCUUUCUUUCCUGGGAAAAUAAACCAAUGACAAAUAACAGGAGUAGAGAUAUGCGUCGAAUCGUGUGAACCAAAAAUGACAAAAAUAAACAUUACUGUGUGUUUUUGGGGAAUGGUGGCAAGGACAGAAAAAAGAAGUGGAGGAUUUUCUUUGAAAAGCUGCAGGUCUGAAAGAGGAGGAGAUGGGAGGAGGAUUUUAAACCAAAAAUGUACCUGAGGAGGAGAAGAGGAACACACGAUGACAAAAAACAACAACCAUACCAAAAUUCCAGAAACCAAAAAUACGGAAGGAAAAGCUUUAUCCAAACGACUUGUACAUACUGAUCCUAUCCAGGACCAGCACUCUGCUACACACACACACACACACACACACACACAAUAUCCACAGCCGAUCACAUUCAUCCAUCCAUCCGAUCAGUCAUCCACCCAUCAUGUCUGUCAUAGUCUGUCACUCACUUUCACUGCAAUUAUGUUGUUUCUGUGGGAUAUUUUAGAUUGUUGUAAAUGGUUGAUACUGAACGAGCCAAGCUUACAGGUGUGUCUUUGUUUGUGUUUUCCUACCUCUGCUUCUUUGGGUAUCUUAUCUCCCCCUUGAUUUCCAAUAGUUUACUGAUAGCGUUGGAGUCUGUCAUCAUCAUCAUCUUGUGCCAUUUACUUCAUGUUGUCAGAGAUAAUAAUAAGAGACAAGAGGGAACAAGAGAUCAGGCUUAGUGUAGCAGUUUGAUAAAAACCUCUCUCCGUAAUUACUCACAACAAAAUGACUCACUUGAUGAAAUAAUAUUAGACUUAGACUCAAUGUAGUCCUUGUGAAUGGCCAAUUCACCACGAUGACAGUAUGAAAUUGAGCAUGAUUGGAGAUUUAAACUAGUAACAUUGAGGCAAGAAAGAGGUAAAUUAAUACAAAUUUUAGUUUGGUCAUGGACAGGUCUGUCUUACCUUGUCAAUCAGCCAUCUGUCUCGACACGCAGUAGAGAAACAGAGAUCAAAACCUGUUUAAUGUUUAAUAUAUGUUGUUUUUAUUGUUCAUCAUCCCUCCAUCCAUCCCAUUUUCACUGUCAUUUUCCACCCAAAUCUGCCAUUAUUACACGUUUAAACCAAAGCAUUUGUUACUCUUCAGAGGAGUCAGCCAUGACAUUAACACUCACAUACUGUAGGGGUUGGGGACACACCCUACCCCUCCCGCUGAACCCCCCUAGUUGACCCCUUCCAUCUCCUUAUGCCUGAGAGGGUCACUUCAAAAGGACAGAACCCUCACCCAACAUAAAAGGGGUGCAUACGGGGAGGGGAUCGGAUGGUGCGAUGGGAUCAAACAUACAGAAAGAGGGGAUGUCAAGUUUUUGUAAGAGGAUACCAAAAAUACAAACCAAAAAUGUCAGAAACAAACCAAAAAGAAACACAGCCAAAUAUGGAUGGGGGCGGGGGGGGGACAAGGGUAGGUUUUUACAGACUGGAGCUGACACCUCUGUCUGUUAUCCAACUAACUGGGCUUCAGUGGCCCUCUCUAAACUGUGUAGCACAGCUGGACAGAUGAAUGGAUAGAUUGAUGGAUAGAACGGACAGAUUCCCUCCCUCUCCCCUGUCUUUCUUUCACUCCAAACUCAGCUCUUCUUCUCUGGUCCUGGAUGGAGAAAUCUCUAAUGACCUCAUUGAACUGAAUCUUCUAAGUCAGUUUUUAUUUUUCCAGUUUGUUGGUUUAUUUUGUAUUUUAUUUGUUUGCUGUGUCUCUUGAAGCUGUUUAUGUGCUGUUCUUUAGUGCUUACUCAUUUGGGAUAAUAAUGUAUUCGCUUGCUACAACAGCUCCUUAUUUUUUCCUAGUUGUUCUAGAGAUUUUAUCAGGUGGUUGGAAAAAUACUGUGAAAUGUAGCUUCCAGAUUUUUAUUAGAUAAAAAAAAAAAAAUGACUGUCUUGGCAGAAAAAAAGACACAGAAAAAGUCCAAAACAAGAGUUGAAAAGCAAAACGUGCAAACCAAACACCAAAUACCAAACCAAACCAAAAAGCCAGGAAAGGACUAGAGAUGGUCCAACUGCCGUCCCUGCCGUUGCAUUGGGGCUCACACUUUUGAUUGUGUCAAUUUAUCUUAAGUGUGUGCGUAUGUGCGUUGUGUGAGGGUGCGAUAUUGUGUGUGUGUGUGUGUGUGUGUGUGUGUGUGUGUGUGUGUGUGUGUGUGUGUGUGUGUGUGUGUGUGUGUGUGUGUGUGUGUGCAUCCGUUCUAGAAAGAAUUCAGUGGAGUUUACAAAAUGUCCUCCCUUGCACGUUUACCCCCAUUAUCACACACACACACACACUUCGGCAAAAAUGUACAGUAGAGUUUAAAAUGCAUCCAAAGAGUAUUUGGUUUGACACACAGAAAUACAGUUGUCAAAUGAGAAUCCUUAAUGAACUAAUCUAUUUUAGAUGUGGGGGUUCUAACCACGAGGUGAAACCUUUCCUCAACAUUAACUCUUAGACGGAAUGUAUCUGUUAGUGCUUCUAUAGAUUUUGUAGAAAAAAAGAUCUAUGUCCUAAUGCUUACUUAUUGCUAAUGUAUUGAAAAACAUACAAAAAAUAUCUUAAAAAAACAUUGAUGAUAAUAAUGACUUGAUUUUAGACCAAAAAUGUUACUCUCUCUUGAUAUAUAUUUGGUUUAUUUUUCUUUGUCGAUCAUUUAGGACUUUUGAUUGAUUGUACUAUUUAUUCAUCUUAAGUUUGAUUGAUUUAAGCUUAUAUUGAUUUCUUCUAAUUAUUUAUUUGUUAUUUAUUUAUUCUAGAGUCUUUUUACAGGGGAUAUAUUUUGGGGUAUAUAUUUAUAAUAUAUAUUACGGGGCUGUGACCAAAAAUCCUGCUGAAGUACCUUCUCACUUCUUCAAACCAGAUACAUGCAACCACAGGUCUCACGGGGCCUAGGAGAACAUGGUCAGUUUGACCACAGACUCACUGCGACUACUCUUAAAGCUCUUAAAGGGGUGGGGGUGAGCUCACUGAGACUCUUUGAAAAAAGGAUGGGGUGAGCUUACAAGGGGCAGCACUGUGUCUACAUAGAGCACUUCAGUACGACCACCUAACAGCGUUUUCUCAGUAAUUGCAGGGCAGGGAAAGGUCAUGGGAAUAGGAACGUCAGCUUCAUAUUGAUGUAAACUUAAGCAAUUCAAUGUUUUCAGGUGUUGAAUGCUGUCUUUCCUAAAUAUGGGGUUAAUUGUCCUAAGGAUAAUGAUAUUACUAGUGAUGUCCUUAUUGUAUGAUUGAUGAGUAAUGACUGGUGAGAUGAGAGGGUCAGAGCAUCUGGGUGUUUCUGGCUUCACGUGCGGUCUUGUGAUGUUGUGUUUAGUUGAAGUGGGGAUAGGGAGCCUCAGUAGGGUUCUCUACAGCCUUACUACAGUCCAGGAUUGUUACUGGAGACCCCCACCCAGGUGGGAUCAAACCAGUCAGGAGUGAAACUUUUAAAACAUUGCAUUAAUAAAUCUCAAAGCUUUAGAACUGGAGUUUUUCCCAUUAUGAUGUAUACCAUAUGCUUUGGACCGAUCAGGUUAGAGGGAUUUAUAUCCCGGAUGUACGCUUAGUCAGCGCUGCCUAUCAGAUAGUAUAUUGUAUGUUUGAAUAUAGCCCAACGCUUCUGGAAGAGAGCUCCGCUGACAGGGAUGGUCAGGCAGGCAGAUUGUUCUUAAAGAUACAGUGCUGUUCCCUCACAACCUCUCCUCUCCUCAUGAGAAAUACACUGAAAGCUUUAAACAGCUACCAAACCAAAAAACGAGUUAGAAGAUGCAUUGACUGGGGCAAAGGAACGUGACAGAGGGACAUGUUUUCUUUUCUUUCUGUUUUUACUUUUCUGUUAUGUUGGUAGGUUUUGUUUUCCACAUCUACUGUAGGAGGUUAAAGAGAGAUAUACCUCAUAUACUCUAAUGAUAAACCAAAUAGAUGAAAGCUUUAAAAAAAAAGGCAGGGUUCGUGUGGGGAUCGGGGUGUGGGGUGGGACUGUGUGUACAUGUGAGUGUGACCAUGGAUGGCCAGAGCGAGGCUUGGGUCCGGCAGAGUUCAAAGGUAAUGGGGUCAGAGGUCACAUUUCCUGUGCCCCAUCCAAAUCAGGAGACAUAUUGGGUAGCAAGUUGUAUGCCAGCCCUCUCUCUGUGGUUCCCAGUCCACUCCCCCACACACCUCUCUCUCAGUCUGGUCUGAAGAACAACCCCCCGCUCUGUACAGCCCUCUCUCCAUCCCUCUCUCCCCUACUGCUCCCUCCCUGCUGAAACGAAACACUCUCCAAGUACAAGUUUUCCAUAGACACAGAUCUAGGAUCAGCUUACCUUCCUCCAAAUCCUAAUCUUAACCAUUGAGGGCACAUAACACUGGCCUUAGGUCAGUGUCUAUGGAGCAAUUUUGUCCUACUCCUUAACACAAAGCUUUUUUACAGGGGCUAGCCUCUGGGUACCCAGCGUCUUUAGGUGAUUGGCUGGAUGUUGUGUUGUUUAGAUUAUUGACUGGAUGUUGUGUCCGUCAGAGAUGUGUGUGGCAGCGAACGCAGAGGGGUAGGUGACUGGGGAAGGGCUGAGACUGUGGUCGCUAGGUGACGCAUGCAUACACUCCCCCAAGGUGGAAGUCCCCAUUUCUCCCUUGCUCUUUUCUUCUAUAAUGAGGUGUAAAUCAGUUUAGGUCCUCUACGUCCUGGUAGGAUGCUGCUUCUGCGGAUAUCAGGGUCUUAGGGAUCACAUGUAAAGUGUAGGUCCUUUCAGUAGGGAUACCCCCCCAAAAGAAUGAUACCAAAGUUUAUGCCCCACUGUUGGAUACGGCACCAUGCACUCACUCCCUAAAACCCUGCUGUUUACCAGUGUCUGCACUAUUGGAGCUAGGAACACGAGAAUUUCGCUACACCCGCAAUAACAUCUGCAAAAUAUGUGUACGUGACCAAUAAAAUGUAAUUUGUCCAUUCAGAGACUACACUUCUCCUAUAGACUGAGUAGUCACCUGGCCAUAGGUGCAGAUCUAGGAUCUGUUAACCUUUCCCUAAUCAUAGCUAUUAGUGUAGGGAGAACACAAAACUGACCUUAGAUCAGCACCUAGAGGCAACAAAUCCUACUCCCUCUACUAUAGCCUGGGUCAACAUUAUCACAGCAGAGUUUAGUCUGGAAGAACAUCUCCAGACUUUUUUGGCAUUAACCAUUUUGUACAUUUGCACAGUCUGAACAUCACAACAUUGAUUCAGUUCAUGGAUGAAUUCCUUGUAGUCUCAGCGAAGCACCUUAGCAACCGUGUCAACCGAGAAACAAAGGAAACUGAAAUGUAGAAAUCGAUAUUGCAACCUGGACUCAAGGAUAGACGUAACAUAGUAAAUGGAAAUCCGAGACAGUGUAAUUAGUAUGAGACCAGGCUGGAAUGUAUUUAAAUUGGAGCAGAACAGGCAAUGAUUAACAGUUUACUGAUAGAUGACAGAACAUAGUGUAGAUGUCAAGGCAGGAGAAAGCAAAGGGGGACAAAAAGACUAUCAGGAGCAAAGAAAACAAAAAAGGAGGAUGACUGAUAUUCCUCGAACCUACUCACUUCCAUACUUUCUCUCUUUCAUCCUUUCUUCAUUCUCUCUCUUGUACAAUACAGCUUCAGUCCAAAGUUCCUUAAGCAAGACAGCAAAGUCCGAUCGUACAGAAUAAAACCAAAGAGUUCGACAUUCCUCCUCUCUUUCACAGACAGCCACUGCAUCCCUCUUUCCUUCUCUCCUUUCUGUCUAUUCAUCUCUUUUCUGCUUCAACCCCGUCACCUAGUAAUCCAGUUUCUGACCUCAGCUAUAUCAAUGAUGAUAAUAAUAAUAAUAAUAAUGAUUAAGAUAAUGAUAAAAAUGUAUAUUUUUAAGUAUUUGUCAUUGGAAAAUUACCUUAAGCUUCUCGUAAAUAUGAUGAUGAUGAUAAUGAUGACGAUAAUGACGUUUCUCUUGGUAUCUCUGUAGUUGUUCUGAUCUUUUUUGAGUUUCGUCCUUUUUGCUCGUGCUGCCAGAGUAAUUCUGAUGAUCCCAUGAUCCUCUCUGAGUUUGUUGACCCUGUCCUUUUAGUUCUGUCUGUCGCUUACCACUGUCUGUCUGUCUGUAUUCCUGUCUGUCUGUAUUCCUGUCUGUCUGUAUUCCAUGUCGCUCUCUGUGUUCGUUGGGCAGAGGGAAGAGCUACAUGUUACAACCGAAAAUGUGAUGUUUGUGGGAGAAUUCUGUACGAGUCGUUAAGGAGAGUUUUUCCAGGGAAUUCCAGACUUCUUUGGUGGUUUGUGGGGAGGGGUUAAUAAACGGAGGGAGGAGGGAAAACUGUCAUAACUGCUAUAACUGUUCUGUGGAAAUAAGUCCCCAAGGUGUAGGUGUGUGUGUGUGUGUGUGUGUGUGUGUGUGUGUGUGUGUGUGUGUGUGUGUGUGUGUGUGUGUGUGUGUGUGUGUGUGUGUGUGUGUGUGCGCCUCAAAAUGUAUUUCAUCUGUUAGCUAAGCAACAGGUUUGUAAACAUUGGCUUGAUUGGUUGAUUUACUGUUAUUCAACAUGUAGUUCAUUUCCCUCUAUCUGACCUUCAACCUUUGUUGUUUGUUUCCCUAUCCGUUUUAGUGUGUGUGUGUGUGUGUGUGUGCUCAUCCUCUCUCCUAUCAUUUGUUCUACCAUCCUGUGUCUUACAUCAUGUGAGCAGUCCUCUUUUCUCUCCCUUCUCUCUGUCUCUCCCUCCCUUCUUUCUUCUGGUAGCAACUUAGCCUUUUACUGUGUUAAUCUUUAAAACAAAAACAAAAAACAAGAAAAAUAUCUCUGCUUGUUCAUAGUACAGUGUUGUUCAUUUAAAGUCAUUUUUGUAACUGAAAGUGUUUCAUUCAUCCAAAUAAAAACAGGAGACCAAAACUGUA